AAGUUACAGGAUGCCCAGCAAAAUUCGACCGUUGCCUGCCUCACUAAAGUUGCCGACCGUUGGGCGGACUCGCACGGCUUAAGGGGAAGCCGCCGCCGCGCUUACCAAAAACCAACACAGGAUCAUCACGCUUCGAUCUACCAUCCUUCCUUUUCUGCCUUCCGAUCUCACAUCUACCCCAAACUUUCCAAACCAAGCCGAAGCUUCCAAUCCAAAUGGCGGAGCCCCUGAAGAACGACGCCCACGUCGUGGAGAUCCCGGUCACCGGCGACGGGGCCGGCGCGUUCCUCGGCAAGGCGGCGGCGCCGGGGCACCACCACCCGCUGGGCGAGAUCGCCGACAGCGGGGGCCACCUGCUGCUGCUCAAGCUGUGGCAGCGGGAGGAGUCGCGCCUCACCCGCCGCGCGUGCGCGCUCGAGGCGCUCAUGGACGCGGCCCGCCGGGACGCCUUCUACCUCUGCGCCGCCUUCCUCGCCCUCCACGGCCUCUCCCUCGCGCUCCUCUUCGCCGCCUCCGUCGCCGCGGGGACCCCCUCGCGUGCCUGCGGGAGGUGGUGGGCGCCCUCGUCCCUCUCCCUGGCCGCCUCCCUCGCGCUCGCCGCCGCCGUGCAGCUCCGGGUCUGCGCCUACUGGCGCGCCGCGCGGCGGCUGCGGCGGGAGCGCGGCGACGCCCGGGCACUCGCGCGGUGCGUGCAGGAGCUGCGCCUCAAGGGCGCGUCCUUCGACCUCUCCAAGGAGCCGCAGUGCGGGCUGACCAGGGCCAACUGCGCCAGCGUCGAGGGCGCCGGGGCGUGGGGACCGCUCCAGUGGUGCUACCGCAACGUCGUCACCGCCUGCCUCCUCGCCGUCGCCGCCGCCGCCUUGCCCUUCGGCAAGCUCAUCCUCUGCGCGUAGAAGUAGAACAGAGCCUAAUCCAAGUUUUGGGUGAGUUCAAUUUGCUUCCUACUUGCAGGUUCGCAAGCUUCCUCGUGAGUUGAUUCGGGCGAAACGAGAGAGAGGGGAACGCGUGGCUUGUUUGCAUAGGACAGAUCACUGCUUGUGCUCCCAUGAUAAAUUCACAACAUUGUUUUUCUUCGCCGUCAGAGGGCCUACACUUUGUAACAAUUCAUAAUUUCUUUGUAUGAUUAUUAAUUCACAACUCAAAAUGAAACAGAUUUACACAUC